CCGGGCCAGUGUGAGGAGUCUCACGUAGAGCAGGCACAAGGGGGGGAGCCGGAGAAGGAGCCACGGGAGGGGGCAGGAGGCUAUAAAGUACGGGCCCGGAGCCUGCGGCUGACACUCUGGCGGAACCGGCCACUGCAUAGCGGCGGAGCUGACCGUGAUCCCUGGAGUGACGGGCAGAGUUGUACAGUGAAUACAAUGAAGAUACUCAAGGUUUUACCACUGUUGGUGCUGUUUUCUUCAUGCCAAGCACGUACAGACUUUUUUACUUCCAUUGGUCAUAUGACAGACUUACUGUACACUGAAAAGGAUCUGUUAACAUCACUAAAAGAUUACAUAAAAGCUGAAGAGUUGAAGUUGGAACAGAUUAAAAAAUGGGCAGAGAAACUUGAUUCAUUGUCAGAAACUGCUACGAAGGACCCAGAGGGAUUCCUGGGUCACCCAGUCAACGCUUUCAAAUUCAUGAAGAGACUCAAUACUGAGUGGCAAGACCUGGAGAAUCUUGUGCUUAAGGAUAUGUCAGAUGGAUUCAUCUCCAAUUUGACAAUCCAGCGUCAGUACUUUCCCAAUGAUGAGGAUCAGACUGGAGCAGCCAGGGCUUUGAUUCGUCUACAGGACACAUAUAACCUGGACACAGAAACCAUUUCCAGAGGAAACUUGCCAGGGGUCCACAACAAGGCCACUCUGACCGCUGAAGACUGCUUUGAAUUGGGAAAAAUUGCAUAUACAGAAGCUGACUAUUACCACACAGAGCUAUGGAUGGAGCAAGCUCUCCGUCAAUUGGAUGCGGGGGAGGUAUCCUCUCUCGAUAAGGCUUUGGUUCUGGAUUACCUCAGCUAUUCCGUAUACCAACAAGGAGACUUAGAAAAGGCCUUGAUGUUAACCAAAAGGUUGCUGGAGCUAGAUCCUGAACAUCAAAGAGGAAAUGGUAAUCUGAAAUAUUUUGAAUAUAUCAUGACCAAAGAGGAAAAUAAAUCCAGCUCAUCUGAUUCUGAAGCUGUCCAGCCAAAAACGAAGAAGGGGCGCAGCAAGGAUCAUUUACCAGAAAGACAGAAGUAUGAGAAGUUGUGCCGUGGAGAAGGUGUUAAAAUGACUCCUCGCAGACAGAGGAAACUGUUCUGCCGCUACCAUGAUGGAAACAAGAGCCCUACCUUCAUCCUGUCUCCUACGAAGCAAGAAGAUGAAUGGGACAAACCUCGCAUUGUGAGAUACCAUGAGAUCAUUUCUGAUGAGGAGAUUGAAAAAGUUAAACAGAUUGCAAAGCCCAGGCUGAGACGGGCUACAGUGCAUGACCCUGUGACAGGACAGUUGACCACUGCUCAAUACAGAGUUUCUAAGAGUGCUUGGCUGUCUAGCUACGAGGACCCUGUCAUUGCUCGAAUUAAUGCAAGAAUACAAGCAUUAACAGGGCUAGAUGUGUCCACUGCUGAAGAACUGCAGGUGGCAAAUUAUGGCAUGGGAGGACAAUAUGAACCCCACUUUGACUUUGCACGGAAAGAUGAACCGGAUGCUUUUAAAGAGCUUGGUACAGGCAACAGAAUUGCCACUUGGUUGUUUUAUAUGAGUGAUGUGCCAGCAGGUGGCGCUACAGUCUUUCCAGAAGUAGGAGCUGCUGUAUACCCUAAAAAGGGAACAGCAGUUUUUUGGUAUAAUCUCUUUGAAAGUGGAGAAGGAGAUUACAGUACAAGGCACGCAGCAUGUCCUGUUUUAGUUGGCAGCAAAUGGGUGUCAAAUAAAUGGAUCCACGAACGGGGUCAGGAAUUCCGAAGGCCGUGUAAAUUGUCUGAAUUGGAAUGAUCCAAGCCUUUGUUAUGUGAAAAAGGGACACCUCACAGCCACAAAGCUUUUCAGACUGCAUUGCCCAGUUUGCUAGCAAUGAACUAGAAAGCCGUAGUCACAGAAAUCUCUGGGAAAGAAUCAUUUGUGGAGGACUCUAUUCAUUCUUCAUAUUCAUCCUUUUAAGGUGGCAAAUCUGCACAAAUUGUUAGUAUGCAUAGAUUAAAACUGGAGCCACACAACACAAAUCCGACAGAGGGCCAGUGUUAACAUCGCCGCUUUGCUUUGGGGAUCCAAGUAGAAAAAAAUAAACAUACUGAAAUAUAUGUAUGUUUAUUGACCACCUGUUUGGUGCAAGGCUUUCAGUUCUCGCUUUUCUUUUAGAAAUUACUGCAUAAAAUCUUCUUUCAAAUAUUUGAUUUUUGUUCAUAAAUGUGACAGUUAAGGGGUUUUUCCCAUAAUCAUUUAUCCCUAGGGUAGGCAAUAAAUGUAUAGUUACUGUGGGUCCAAAUGCUGGAGGCCCCACCCAUCAGGAGAACAGAGGUCCCAGUGGCUGGACCCUCACUGAUAAUACAUCCUCUGGAUGGGAUAGAAAUGUUUAUAGGAAAACUCCUGUAUAUGUAGACUUACCUCACAUGCCCAAAUUCAGGGAAAACCGUAAUUAUUUUUGUCUCCUAAUAUCAUGAUGACUGCAUAGCCUGAAAUCAAGUAAUAUUGAGAAGUUUAAUUUGGGAAGAGUACACACAAAAAGGAAAGGCUCAAUAACAUUUCAGUCGAAUUGAAAAUGAUUUGCUUUUCCCUGAAAACUUCAAAGUAUAUGUUAGAUGCCCCAUGGCUUGGCCAUAGCCAACAUUCAAGGUGAAACCAACUGGUCAUGCACAAUUUAACCCCAGGUCCGCAUUAUUGCUGUGAUUGUGUGGGUACGGAUGUGGUGAACUUAUAUUGGGACAGAAGUGACGAAAGUAGAGAACUUUUUUAAUGUUUUUUUUUUUUUUGCCUUAACACAUAGUUGGGCCCAGAUGUUAGUUUGUGCAGCUAAGGCUCUGUUCACAUCUGUGUUGUGGCUUUUCUUUAUAACAGGAGCCACAGGGCAGUUGCUCCACAGUCCCAAUUGAUAUAUAGUAGGGUAUGUCAGGUUCAGCCUAGGUGUCCAUUGUUUUGAUGAGAAUAAGGGCAGGUUCAGACUAGUGUCCACCGCGGGAAACGUGCUCCAAGUGGGAGCUUGAUUUCCUAGACUGGACACUUCUCCUGUGACAGGAUUGCACAGCAUUAUAAUGCUGUGUAAUGCUUUGUCUCUCUGCCCAACCUCAACUGUAAUGAUUAGUACUCACAUAAUGCUGUCAGUACAAAGUCAUUACAGCGAAGGUCGAGCAGAGACGCACAGCAUUAUAAAGGGAAAUGACGCCCCCACAUGGAGCAUGCUUCACGCAAUGGACCCAUGCAUCUGAAAUUGGCCUAAUGCUGCUGCAUACACCAGUGUUGUUCCCAAAAAAAAACCAGUAUCUGCAAUAGAGGCUCGUAAUGGAUCUUCUUAACAGAUGUGAGCAGAGCAUUAAAGGGGUUGUCCAUGUGUUUUUGUGUUUUUUUGUUUUUUUUUGUUUUGUUUUUUUUACUUCUGCCCUAGCCAUCAGGUACUGUGGAGAAAUCCAUACUCAUCUGGUUCCUGCCAUUUAGUUCUUGCUCAGCAGUAACGUGUCCCUGAGCUGCGACAUACGGCUUGGCAGGAAGUCACUGCUAAGGCCAGUCCUUGACUGCAACAGUGCAUCUGACCCUGUCCGUGUAGAAAGUUAUCAGACAAGGAGCUGAAAUCCAGUGAAGACAGCCGGGGAGCAGGUGAGUAUGUAUCUCUCCAUACGUCCUGCUGGCUUAGGAGGCAGAUUUAAAAUAAAUCCCUGGACAACCCCUUUAAAUCUGGACUGGAUGCUUUGUGUGAACCCAGCCUUAAAGAUGUGAGCAUUGUGUUGGCACAGGCAUGUCAUUCAUUAUACUUGUGGAUUAUUUCUCAUCUGGAUAGCUAGAUAAUGUUCAAUAUCUUACAUAAUGAAUAUUUUCUUGAUGUAACUGUUCCUUUUCUUAAUGGUUGGUUUACUGGAAGCGUUAUAGUUCCUGUGCAGCAGGAGAACAAAAGCUAGUAAAUGUGAAUUGUGCAUUCCAUUAUGGUGCUGCUCAACGUUUAGGUGCCAAAGGUAUCCCGUUCUCAUUUUAUGUACCCUAGUCUAAUACCCGAAUAUGAAGAAGUUGAAUGGCAUAAUACGGCUGACCUAUCAGUACUGGCAGUGGCUAAAACUGCAGAAAUCAGAUUUUUUUUACAAUGCCUCUAAUCUGCUAAAGAGCCCCCUCUCAGCUGGCAUUGCUGUGAAUGUUUCAUGAAAUGCACACAUUACUGUGGUUACUGGCUUUUGUUCUGUGACAAGUCCGUGCCUUAGCUUUCCAUAUACCAGCCCAAGGACCAGUGCUAAUAUUGUGCCAACAGGAAAAGUUUAAUCGUUUUCUCCCAUGCCAGUUUACCUCCCAUGUGGUCUUUUCUUAGGUGAUGCAGUAAUGUUCUGGUAAUUUUUUUGUAUGUCAAAAUCUAUUUUUGUGGCAAACUUGAUCUAUUUAUAACCCUUUUUAAAUGAUCUUUUUGUACAUGUCCGUGGGGUCCAGGAAUGUGAAGUAUCUGUAGUAAGAUAACUCGAUGCAUGAACAGGUUUGAUAAAUGCUUCACUCUGUUCGAACAGUGAUCUUUGUAUUAUUGUGCAUUACAUCCUUCCCCUAAAUACAUUUCUCAAAAAAAAAAA